CUGGGGCUUCCUGGGAUGGCACCCCCCUUAGAGGCCCCCCCGAGGACACCAUCUGGCAGAGAAAGGGAUGGCUGUUUGGAGGGGGGCUCCUAAUUCUUGGUCUGGCCUCUGCUUUCCCCCCCCAGAGGUGCAUCGACUGGAACCGCGACAUCCUCAAGAAAGAACUGGGCCUGAAAGAGAAGGACAUCGUUGAUCUGCCUGCCCUCUUCAAGAUAGACAAAGGAGGAAAAGCCAUGGCUUACUUUCCCAACAUGGUGAACAUGAUCGUCCUCUCCAGGGACCUGGGCAUCCCCAAACCGUUUGGGCCCAUCAUCGAAGGCGAGUGUUGCUUGGAGCAGUACGUCUCCUCCUUGCUGGAGCCCCUGGGGCUGACCUGCACCUUCAUCGAUGACAUCUCCUCGUACCACAAGCUCCUGGGAGAAGUCCACUGCGGCACCAACGUCCAGCGGAAGCCGUUCGCCUUCAAGUGGUGGAACGUGGUCCCGUGAAACGGGGCGCUGCCGCUCCCCGGGAAGUCAAGAGGGGUUUCAGACACACACUUUGACCCUCUGGCCGUCUGGCUUGACCCGCGAGAGGGAGGAAUCUGGGCGUCUUUUUGCACGCCCGCUUGAGAAACUAUGCGAGUCAGCAGGUGCUGUGGGGGAAAAUUGUUGGUCUGGACGCUGCAGGGAAGCAUGCUGUGUCGAUUGGACCCAACUCUUACAAGGAGCAUUGCAAGGCCCAGUCGGGUGUCUUGACAACUUUUGCGUGUGGUGUGCGUUUUCUUUGUCCUCCCUAAAUUA